AUGCCGGAUAAGGUGCUGCUGGUGGGACCCGUGCAUGGGCGGCUGUUGGAGCUCGUGUCCAAAACGUCGGCUAUUCAGGCCAAGCACGGUCCGUUUGCCGCGCUCUUCAUCGUCGGCGACCUCUUCGCCUCCACCCCCACCGACGACAUCCUCAAGCAGCAGUCCGACCUGCUCGCAGGCACUCUUUCGCUGCCGAUCCCAACGUACUUCUACCAGGCCCUAGGUAGCCUUCCUGCCGAUGUCGUGAAGCGGAUCAGCGAAGUCCGCGCGAGCAGCUCCAACGGGCUCGUUGCACUGACGGAGCAGCUGCACUGGGCAGCCGGCAAGAGCGGCGUGUUCACCACCGCGCAAGGGCUGCGCGUUGCGUUCGUAGCGGGCAACUGGGACGCAGGUGCCUUUGCCUCCGAUGGCGGGCUGGGCGACUUUGAUGCGGGAGACUGGCACGAGUCCCCAACACAGAGAGAGGAGGACGAGAAGACGACCUACAUCACCCCGAGCACGGUACGCAGGUUGCUGGCACAUCCGUCAUUCCGUCUUCCGAAGCCGAGUGUAGAGGAAGAGGGGUCUACGUCGGUAGCGAAGGAAGGCACGCUUGCAUCGGCACGUGCGAGUGCGUCGGCGGAGCAAGCACGGGCCGCACGCCAGGGUGCCGCGCUCGAGAUGCUGCAGCAGCGGCCAGCGCUCGAUCUGCUGCUCACCAACACCUGGCCUGCGGGCGUCACGCUCUUUGCCACGGGCGCAGAUGCUGAUGCGGGGCUGCCGGAUCCGACUGCACGCACAUGGGGCUCGCCCGUCAUCGCGCGGCUGGCAGCACACGCGUGUGCGCGAUACCACUUUGCGCUCGCGCCAUCACCCGACAGCCCCGACCUGCCCGUCGGAAUCCAGGAGGCCACGCUCAACAUGGGUGCAUUUUGGGAGCGUGCGCCGUACACGACGGAUCUGGCGAGCUACUUGCCUGCGCCCGUGCGCGCGCCACUGCGCAGCGUAACGCGCUUUGUGAGUCUGGCGACGUUUGGCAACAGCGGCAAGCGGCGCUGGUUUGUGGCGCUCAACCUGACGCCUGCCGACGAGCAGGGCGCUGUGGUGGUGCCGCCCAACGCAACGCCGAGCCCGUAUGCGAUGCCCAAGGCAGCAAAGCAGGCCAAACGCACACAGCCCGCCGAGGAGGAGCAGAAUUUCAGGUUUGGCGAAGCGGGGCGAAAGCGUGCGAGGGCAGAUGGAGAUGCACCGCCCCCCGGCUAUGUGUGUCGCAUCUGCGGUGUUGAGGGGCACUUCAUCCGCGCGUGUCCGUCCAAGACCAACGCCCAACCAGCAGCAUCCACGGAGGAGGGGGCGGGAAAGAUCGAGCUGCCCAUGGGGCUGCCAUCGAAGCCGUCGUUCGCGCAGGGCGGGCGACAAAUGAUCCCCGUCGGACCGGCCAACUGCUGGUUCUGCCUCUCCAACCCCUCUGUCGAAAAGCAGCUCAUCGUGACGAUCGGCUCGGCCUCAUACCUCGUUCGACCCAAAGGGCCUUUCAUCCACCCAUCGGCCAACGAGAUCCCGCACACGGGCGCGCACUUUAUCAUCGUCCCUCUCGCUCACGUUGCUGAUCUUCUUCCCGGCUCCCACCCCGUGCACGGUGGGCAGGGUGAUGAUGGCGAAAAAGCGUCGAUUCGGAGCGAGGUCGAGUCGACCAAGGCUGCGGUUCGCGCCGUGUGGGCUAGGGAGGGACAUGUGAUGCUCGAAUGGACACUGGUGCGCGUACGCACCAGCCCGCGCAUGACGCACUUCCAAACCCAACUUCUCGCGCUCAAAUGCUCCAUCGACGUCGCACAGAAGCUCGACGACGCUCUCGAGGCCCAAGCCAACACCGCCAAGACUGCGGUACUGCGAUCCGACGCCGCAAGGGAGUACUUUGACCAGACGCAUACGGAGGAUAGAGGUGACGAUGGGUAUUUGCAUAUCAAGCUGCAUGCGCAAGAGGAGAGAGAGUGGCUCGUUCCGCUCUACACGUCUACGCGCUUUCCGGUGCAGUUCGUGCGGGCUACGCUUGCGGCUGCGCUGGAGCUGCCACAGCUCGCUGACUGGAAGGCGUGCACAGGUGAUGCUGAUGCCGAGCAGGAGCGACACGAUUCCGCCGCUCUUCGUGCCAUGCUCUCCUGA